ACAGCAGUUAAACAGACAGACGGAUAAUCUCAGCGUCGUUGGUGCAGCGGAUCAGAUAGACUGACCGCAGCGCGCACAUACAGACACACACAGAAUCUGCCUGUCUGUCGUUCUGUCUGCACGGAUCCGCAGACGGUCAGCUGGUGAGCCGCACACAGACAGGACACGAGGCGGCCAUGAACGCAGCGUGUUUCUGACAGCCUCCAUCCGCAUCCAGAGCGCAGCCGCUGCUUGUAUCAGAGCGAUCUGUGCUUUCAAAACGGAGGAGGGGAGCACUGCAGCAGACAUGCCGGGCCUGCUCCACAUCACUCUGACCGCUCUUCUGGCCAGCUGUGAUGCCUUCAGGCUGGGUUCUUCCCACCGUGUAAUUCCCCUCAAUGCUCCGGCGGCUCAUCUCUUCAGGGAUGAAAGUCCAGCCAAGUCAAGUUUCAUCCUGGAGUUAGUGAGAACCAAACGUCAUUUGGUCCAGGAGUUAGUGCGAGCCCAGCCUCAUUUGGUUCAUGACAUGGGUUGGCCAGAGAUACAUGAAACGUCACGCUCACAGACCAAGAUGGAGUCAGCUAACUCAUCUCAGUUGAGCGCACCACCAUCUGCGAGUCAGGUGGCAAGAGCUCAUGCAGCUGUGGAUGACAACCUGGAUGUGGAAGAUGAGAUGGAGCGUAUGGUUCAUCUGGCAGUUCCACAAGAUGCAGAAAGCUACACGGUAAAUCCAGACUUCACUGACCCAGAGGCGGAGCCUCUCAGCGGGCCAGGAGCUGGCGAUUCUUCCCAGGAAGCUUCUGGGUUCUAUGGAACAGAUAUGGAGGACAGAGACAGAGGAGAAGAGGGCCCAGAGGACCGAGAGAGAAGAGGAGGAGAAGACGAGUGGGAGAAAGAGGCAGGGGAGGAAAACGAGAGCAAGGGGAAAAAGGAAGACGAGAAGGGAAGAGCGAGAGACGAUCAACAUGUUUUGGAUGCCUUUGAGGUCAACCACACAACACCAGAUCUCGAUGCUCUGAUUGGCUACAGUCCAUCUUUCAACCCCUCCUCCUCCGAGCAGUCCAGCAUCUCCAUCCCAGCCGAGGGACCUGAUUCUGGGCCAGAGGAGCAUCGCGCAUCCCCCGUUCUAAAGGUGGGUCCUUUAGAUAAAGAGCUGUGGGAAGCAGAGCAGGAAGAAGAUGUCCUUUCUAGCGGAUAUGGAGGCCUUCGCUCCUCCAUCACUACCACUACUAGCACAUCAAGUGCUGCUGCAGAUGCUGUAGGAACAGCCUCCCCAGAGACCGACACUGGCACAGACUUUGGGCUGCUGGGAAGUUAUACAAAAGGUGAGACAGAGGAUGAAGAGGCUGAGAGAGAGGAAGAGGAAGAGGAGGAGAUAGGCCUUGUACACAUAGGUGUAUUUACCCACAAUCCCACUGUACCUGAGGUUGGCUUGGCUCCCAGCAGAGAGCCUCUGCAGCCUAGUGUGGAGAAAGAAUUUAGACCAAAAGACAGAAGUGACGAGGGGAAGGAGGAAAGAUGGAAAAAGAUGGAGCGUGAAGAAACAAGAAUCAGACACAUCAUCCCACUCACUACUGAUUCUUCCCCCACUAUUGGGUUCACCGACCCAUCCUGGAAUUGGCUGGAAAAGACCACGCCUCUGGAGUCUCACAGGUCAGAGGUCAGGGGUGGUGGGGUCGCAGAGGUCCUACUACCAGACAGCGAUCUCAAAGGAGUAGAGGUGACACACCAGGUAGUUUGUGUUGACUGGAGUGAGCUGACUGGACGAGGCUAUGUCGUCCUCAACAUGACACAAAACAUCAACUGCGAGGAUUUCCGUUUAGACCAGGGUGUGCGGUUGUUGACGACUAUAGAGCGAGUGUUUGCUCGGAGAAUGAGUAGCCCUGAGGGAACAUGGGUAAUCUACCUCAGCAAGCCUACACACCAGCAACACCAGCUGCUGAUGAACGUGGCAUCUGUGCAUGGAGUGAUCCCGACCAAAGACAUGCUGGGCAUGCUGGCAGAGAUCAAGACAUGUCUGACUGAGGUGGGCGUCCAGAACUACAGUGCUGCCAGCAACUGCCCGUCUCGGCCCAGUCACACACGCAGUGACUACGGCAAGCUGUUUGUGGUUCUGGUUAUCAUCGGCUCCAUCUGCAUGGUAAUCAUCACAUCUGGAUUCAUAUACAUCUGCUGGCAGAGACGGCUCCCUGCAACGAAAACUGCGUUUCGUGCUGAGGAGCUUCACUUUGUGGUGAACGGUUGCCAUGAUAACCCAACACUGGAUGUGACUAAUGAUGGCCAACCUGAGAUGCAGGAAAAGAAGCCAAGUACCAAUGGGCUUGCAGGAGGAGGAGGAGGAGGAGGAGACAGAGGUGGGGAGGACAGCAGUCGUUGGCAGGUAUUUGUCAAUCAAGCAGCCACAGAGGAGGAGGAAGAAGAGCAGGACACACAUCUCUGAUUGAUGAAGACGAUUCUUUUAUAUACAGCUGAUGAGAGGAAGCCCCGAGGAAGGAAGAAGAUAAUGAAAGAGGAUGGGGAGAUGGUGGCAGAAGAAAAAUAAUACAAAUGUUUUUGAUGGAGAGAACAAAGAAAGAAAGGAGAAAUAAGGGAGAGAAAAAGAAGACGCUGAUGGGAAUAAAGUGUUGCCCAGUCAGCUGAGCUAAGACUGAGGCUAGGAGGAAGUAGAGGAGGAGUCACUGACGUCAUGUUUGAGAUUAGACACUGAAUUCACGUAGAGUCAUGAGUCUCUCUGAGAUCUUCAGCUUUUAAAACAAUCAACAGAGUGUGAUUGACAAAGCUGAAAUUUCAUUAAAAGAUUAAACUCCUGUUGGAUAGGUUAAUAAUGCCAUCACGCCAUAGAAAUGCCUGUGUUUAGUGUGCCUUACGCUGCUACCUUUUUGUACAGUGGCUGCAUGGGACAGAUUAAAAGCAAACUCUGCACAAAUCAUAACUUAAAGCAUCAUUUUACAACCCUAAUGUUUGAAUGUCGACGCUGUGGCACCGUUUUGUGUCACAAAUCAUUAGACAGAGUGGCCCACUGUUUCCCUAACUGUGAAAGUAAUCGAAAUAUUAAAGAAGAGGUGGUUUACUAUGAAUUGUGGUAAAACGGAAUAUAUUUAGGUAAGUUACAGGUCAGUAUUUUAUAUAUAAGAUGUAAUGAGUUUAUAAAUAUGAUAUAUUAGUUCAGGGUAAAGUAACCAACAGUGUAUGAAGUUGUCAAAAUUACCACCAGUAGAAAAAUGCCACUCCUCAUAUACUUUUUCCCCUUAUUGUUUGUCAUAUCUGUAGAGACUGUCCAUAUUAAACAGAGCCGAAGUUUGAAAUAAUGAGCUCAUAGUCUGAAGCUCAGGCUUUGACGGGCUUGAAACGCAAGUUUAACAAAAGGAUUUUUUCCACUCUCUUGCCUUGCUGAUGUCAGCACUGCACCGAUGUCCUGGCACAACCAGAGCCACAGCCCGACCUCCUGUAGGAGGCGGGGCUUUGAAGUCUUUUUGCAGAAACCAGCUGAUGACCAACCAAUCAGAAAAAUGAAAGCAAUUAAAACAGGUUCACACAGAAUUUUUCAUAAUGAUAAUAUGUUUCAUAAUCUUCUAAGAGAUAUUGUGAAUUAAUUUAGGACUAGGGCUGAUCGAUAUAACGAUAUAUAUUGGAUGACGAUAUAAAAACGUCUAUCGUUCCAUUUUACACUAUCGUUUGUUUCGU